UCGGUAUUUAAACAAUCUGAAAAUGUUUUGGCAAGAGAGGGGAAACGAACGAUCCGAGCUUUUUUUUCCGGCGGCAAUUGGGAGAUUUUGUGGAAGAUCAUAGUUGGUUCUCUUCUCGAUUCUUAGGGGUUUUAGAGACUUGGUGCUCUUGAUUUCGAGUGAUCAUACAGUAUUACAAGGCAUGGACAAAUCGAGUGGUUUGGAUUUCAUCAACCAGAUGUUCCCAGUAGGUAACUUAAUUUGUUUUUUCUUCGAGUUUAAGUAACAGUAGCCGAACAUUUUGAUCACGAUUAUCGCUAGAUUGGAUUUUUUCAAAUGCGUGUUUUCGAUUACAGAAGCUUCUCUAUCUUGUGUUGAGUCUUUUAUGCAAAAGAUUUGUGACGAGAUUCGGCGAGUUGAUGCUACCAUUUUAGCUGUUGUUAGUCAACAGGGUAACUCCGGAACUAGAGCUAAAGAAAAUCUUAAUGAUGCCAUAUGUGCUGCGGAGGAACUCUCUCAUAAGAUACAAGAGAUAAAAUCAAAAGCCGAACAAACCGAAGCAAUGGUCCAAGACAUAUGCAGCGACAUUAAAAAGUUAGAUUUUGCAAAGAAGAACAUAACCACGGCGGUCACUGCUCUUAGUCGCCUCACAAUGUUAGUGUCUGCUGUUCAACAGCUUCAGGUGAUGACGUCAAAAAGGCAAUACAAGGAGGCAGCUACGCAGCUGGAGGCGAUAAACGAACUAUGUAAUCAUUUCAAAGCAUACAUGGAUCUUCCUAAAAUUAUGGAGCUCAGAGAAAAACUUAAGAAUAUAAAACAAAUUUUAAAGUUCCAUGUAUUUUCUGAUUUUUCCAGCUUAGGUACUGGGACAGAGACAGAGGAAUUGUUUUUGCUAAAGAAGUUAUCUGAUUCUUGCUUGGUUGUUGAUGCUCUGGAGCCAUCUGUGAGGGAAGAGUUGAUAAACAACUUUUGCAGCAGGGAGCUAACCUCAUAUGAACAAAUUUAUGUAGGAGCUGAACUGAAAACGUUGGAUGAAAUAGAGCUGAUAUACAAUCAGCUAAGUUGUCUAAUCCGCAAAAAUCAAGGAAAGUGGACGAUUUUUCCUGCUUCAUGGCAUGUGCCUUAUAGACUAUGCAUCCAGUUGAGCAGGAAAACAAGGGUGCAAGUAGAAUCUAUUCUGGUCAACCUGAAAGAGAAGUCAGAUGUAGAAAAAUUGCUUCUGGAACUGAAAAGGACGCUAGAGUUUGAAAGGGAACUUGAAAUGAAAUUUGGUGGUGGUGGGAGUAUCGGAGAUGACAUAAUUGGUGGAGGGGGAAAUAAUAGUCAGAAAUUUAACUUCCGUGGAAUGAUAUCUUCUUGCUUCGAGCCUCAUUUAACCAUAUAUAUUGAGAAGGAAGAGAUGGAACUUAUGCAACUCCUGGAGAAAGUUGUGCAGAUGUUGCUAGAUGCGCAUGAUAUGAAGAUGAUUCUUUUAAAAGUUCCAUCUCUUGCCAGACAGACUGCAACUGCGAGCUAUGUCAAACUUGUGAACCAUCAAAUGAAAAGAGCUGAAGCAGUCCUAAAGGUCAUAGCAUCCCCAAUCGUCACAGUGAUAGACACUUAUCGUGCACUGUUUCCAGAAGAAACACCAAUGGAGUUUCAACGCAUCUUGGUACUUAAGGGUCUUACGAAAGCUGAGCAGCAGAGUAUACUUGAUGAUUUCAACAAUCAUAGCUCAAGAAUCACACAACUCUCGGUUGCAGCGAAAACGCCAGAAGCACAUGCACUGCCACUUGCACUCACUAAUGUGGCUCCAGCUGUCCGGUUUAAAGCAAACAGUGAGGAAGUGUUAACCAGAGCAGCUUCAGCUGCAACCACUAGCUUCAUGAAGUUAUAUGCUCUUACUGGAGCUGCCAAAGACCGUCCCUUCAGGAAACUCUUCAAUCCAUGAAUUUGUAAAUUUUACAGAGCAUCCUUUUUUAUUUUAAUCAGCUAUUUUCAAAGCAACCGAUCUGAAAGAUAGAACUAUGUUUUUUUUUUUUUUUUUUUUGU